AUGUCUCGAUCUUUCAAUGGGUGCAAACGAUGUAAAGCCCGACGGCAGAAAUGCGAUGAGCAGCGUCCCAGUUGUGGUCGCUGCAUGACGGCUGGCACGCAAUGUCGAUAUGCGAUGCAGCUGCAGUGGGGGGGCCGAGCCUUUUCGCGCUCACGGUUUGGGGCUUGCGUGGGACCGGGAGGCAUGCAAAAACUUGAGUACUCCCCUGGCGAAUUCAUCUACACCACAAAAGCUGCGGCUGCUCUUUCUCCGGGCACAAUCGCAACAUCUCCGUCUACCCAACCCACGAACACCACCUUAGUCCGCCAUAUUGAUCCCUUCGCCUCCCUCUCUACCGACCAGAAAUCCCUCCUCCAUCACUUCCUCAACGAUGCCUCUCAGAUCACGGCUUGCCACUCCGGCAUGCAGCGCGAUAUCUGCAAGAUGCUCGUCCCCAUGGCGCUUCAGACCCCGUCCCUCCUCUACGCAACCAUGGCCCUCUCCGCUAUCCACCUUCAAGCCCUCCACAAUCAAUCCGAGAACGUCAAGUCCGCACCCGAAAUCGCACGCUUCAUGGCCCUCAGCUUAGAACAUUUCAGAACGGAACUACAAAAUCCCGCGAGCAGGGGAUCGGAUGCGCUGCUCGCAACUGCCCGAACGCUCUGUCUCGCAGAGAUACACUCCGGUGCAAUCCACCCCAAUUCCUGGCGCGCACAUAUCGAAGGUGCCCGGGCUCUGAUGGAGGCAUCAGAUCAGAGCGGGGCGCUGUCGCCCAAAUCGCCAGAAGGGUUCAGGCGGUAUCUGGAUAGAUGGUAUCGGUCAAUCGUGUCGCUGACUGCGUUGACGGGGAAUGGGCCGCCCAUCGGUGAAGCUACAGAUCAGCUGGUCUCCAUUGGGCCAAAUCAGUCGGCGUCGCCGGAUUACUUGGAUGAUUACUGGGGGUUUACGGUAAAUUUGGCCACGAUCUUCCGAAGGAUUGGGGCCGUCGCUUGGCGGGAGCAUCAGAGUCGGGGGCAGGAAGGCGAUGAGAAUUCUGUCCAAGGGAACGAGGUCAGCGUACACAAUGAAGCUGCAGCGCUGGAGUCGUCGCUCCGUCAUCUCAUGGAACAAGAUGUGGCUUCGCAGCCCGCGUUCUACCCGGGCGUCGUGGAGGGUCUUUCUGCGGAAUGUAUCCAGCAGCUCAUGCUCUGUAACGAGGCCUUUCAACUCAGUGCUCUCAUUCAGAUCCAUCGUCGACUACGAAAAACACCAGCGUCUGCACCUGUGGUGCAGGAGUCCGUCAAGAGGAUCCUCGAAUGCACGGCUCAGAUCGGGCCGUCUCCGGGGCUGAGUCCGUGGGUAAUGCUGACUACCCCGCUAUUCAUCGCUGGGUGUGAGGCGCGCGGAGAAGAUCGCGAGCAAGUGCGGCGGCUACUGUCUUCGCUGCAUGAUACGAUUCGAGUACCAAAUGUGUUGCAGUCAUUGAAAUUCCUGGAACAGUAUUGGGCGAACCAAAUUGACGAAAACGAGGGAUGGAGUCAAUAUCUCGAUACCUCCGCAGCCUACGUGGACGACGACGAGGAGAGCAGCAACGUCAAUACCCACAACCCCAGAUACUCCUCUCAAUUCUCGAAUGGGACGUCCCUACACAGCCGUCUUGUGAGCGAGCCAUUCGUUCCCAUCCUCAAAUCGCCGGCAUUCCUCCCCAAGCGCCCCACGACCAUGGCCUUGCACCUUCCCUCACGCCGUCCUCCACCGCUACAUAUCGAUUCCCCCAGCCGGUCCUCGUCCGGUGACUCCAAACAGCCGAAAACACCGGCAAACAAGAUCAGUUCUUUUUUUGGGUGGCGCGCUACAACAUCUUCCCCCGGCGCGGAAUCCUCUAGUACCGAGAUCUCCGAGACCGGUCGUUCCCCGGUGCCUUCCCCGAUGCCUGCCUCCCUCCACAGCGCGUCCUUCUCCAUAACACCGUCCACCACGGUGCCCUUCGACCCCUCCAAGCCGCAAGUGCCUCUCCCGCAGCGAAAUCCGUCUCUGAGCAGUGGAAGUAUCCUGGACUCCAGGGCGACGACGCUGGUGACCGAGCUUGAGAAUGAACUGCGGGAGAUCAGCUCAGAGCUGGCCGGGUCCAUCCGGCGGGAGAUGGAGUUGGAGGAUUUGGUGGAGAGAUUGCAGUCAGAUAUGCCCUUAGAUACCCCCAAUCGCCGGACCAGCGAUUACUUCUCCGAUUCGGGCAGCAGCUCCAUCCGCUACGCGUUUGAGUCGGGUGGUCGGGUCGAAGAUAUUGAAAAGUACAAACGCACUGCAGAGCAGGAGCGGGCUCAGAUCAAGGUGGAUCUGGGUCAAAAGUUGCAAGAAGAGCGCAGUCGCCGGGCAGCCUCGGAAGCACACGUCCAGAUACUAGAGUCCCAAGUCCAGCAGCUGCGACGGGAGAGAGUAGACCUCUCGGACCUGUCCUCCCGGACAAGGGAGCUCGAAGCCGCAUUAGAUGAUACCCGUAGGAAGCUGGCCGAAGAGCGCCAAAUCAAGGAUAAUUUUGAAGACUUGUUGACCGCCAUGAGAGUAGAACUCGAACAGUUGCGAAACGAACGGGAUCAUAUGCGUGACACUGUUAUCCCUCAAUUGCAACAAGGCAGUCAACCUGCCGCGCCUCCAUCCGAUCCGUCGGAAGUCCAGCGGUUGAUGGAGGAAAUCGAAGCGCUGAAGAUCGAAAACGCCUCUCUCGCCCAGCUGCAAGGCAGUCGAUUCGCUUCAAUUGCCGAAGAAGAUGGCAUGCCCACUGCCAGAAACGUCGGAUUGGGACUGUCGCGGUCGAAUUCGUUGGCGCGCGUGCGCACUAAGCCGUCGCCCGGUCUCUCCCGCUCCAGUUCUUUGUCGCGCUCGAAUUCCGUAUCCGCCAAGGAGCGCAAUGAGUCUCCCCGCGAGAACCUGGCGGAUAGAAUCGAGGAUGUUGAGGCGCAGCGCGAUGCGCUUCACCAGUCUCUUCGGCGUCUGCUUGAUCGCCAGGCUCACGAUGCCCGUGAGUACGAGAAGCGGCUUCAGCUCAUGGAGAUGGAGAUUGCGCGCGCACAGCAAGUGGGUUCUCCGCGCAAGCUGGGCUAUGAGCGCGAAGUGCGUAACUUGCGCGAAGAAGUAAACGACCUUCGGCAGCGUGCCGAGGAAGCUCUGGAACAGAAGUGGCAGUGCGAAAAAGGAUUGGCAGGUCUGAAGAUGGACCUGGACCGGGCUGAACAGGAGACCACCUCCCUGCGCGUAAUACUCCAGGAGCACGACAUCACCGUUCCUGAAGACCUCGAAUGUGAUCGGGAUGGAUUCGCCGAGGUCCUCGCAACCUCUUCGUCCCUGGAGUCCGCUUACAGGCAACUUCAGGCGGAUCGGGAAAUCGCCGAAGCCAGCGCGGCCCAGUCGCCCCUCGCCGAGCAAAACUCACUCGUGGAGUCGGUCAACCGGACCGACGUGCUUGCGCAGCAUGUGCAACAGCAGCUUGCCAGCAACAAUGCCCUGCGAAGCCGUCUGGCCGAGGCCAUUGGCAAGGGUGAAAAGGAGCAGCAGCUGUCAGCCGCUCGUAUCAAUGAGAUGCAGGCCCGUCUCAAGGAGAUGGAGGACAUCCUGCUGAUGGCGCAGCAGUACUCCGAGGACGAAAUGACGCGCCACGAAGAAGAAGUGCGCGCUCUUGAGGAGAACCACAACGCGCAACUGAAGCGCAUGAAGAACGGCGCUCGCAGCCCUGCGGCCUUGUCGCCCAUGCCUCCGACCACGCCCUUUGGCUCACGGUCUCCUCGUCUGGACUUGACAACCAGUGGUAGGGGUAUUGCUUUGGAUCAGGCUAUCCAAUCGGAAACGCUGGAACGGCGGGUGAAGGAGCUGGAGAAGCUCCUUCGCGACGCUGAUUCGGAGAUGGAAGAAGUUGUGAGCCGGAUGAACCGGGCGCAAAUAGAAGUCGCGGAACUUCAGUCUGAUCGGGACGAUGCACUCCGCCAGACCCGCAAACUUCAGGCCGAAAUCAUGGCCCAACGCGAGACGUUCAGGACUCUGAUGGCUUGA